CGGAGCGGGGACGGCCAGGGUCUGGGGAUCGGGGCUGCCCCGGCACUAGAGUCCCCCCCCCCGGGCUUCCCGCCCUCAAACGUUCGCGUCCUCCACCCCGGGCUGAUGUAGCGGAGGCCGGGUCGGAGCGGAGCCAGGGAGCCGCGGAGAAGCCAGAGGAGCCGUGACUUUGGCACGCGGACCUCGGGGGGGAAAGAGAACCUGGGAUCGCCUUCAGGAAUCGUGUACCUUUCAUGGCAUAUGUGGCUGGAGUUUACUCAGCGACCCUCAUUUUAUUCAUCACAUGGCUGUUAAUGAAGGCAGAAAUAGAAGUCUGCAAGAAGGGAGUCGUAACUGUGAGUCCCUCCCGGACAGUUUUGUUUGGAUCCACCGUCAACAUUUCGUGCUCUUUGAAACCCAAAGAAGGCUGCUCACGCACUUCUAAUUUCCAAAAGUUAACCUUCUACCAAAAUCGACUCCGGGUUCACUCCCAGAAGACCCACCUACUCAGCAUUCAAGUCUCCAAUCUCCACCUUGGAACAACCGUGUUUGUGUGCAAGGUCUCGUGUGGCGGCCACGUGGAAAGCCAAGUGUGCGGGGCUGACAUCUCUGUUGGCGUCACUCCAGAGCAGCCCCAAAACCUCUCCUGUAGCCAACUAGGAGAGCAGGGGAACGUGGUCUGCACCUGGGAUAAAGGAAGAGACACCCACCUGUACACCGUACACACCCUGCAGCUGACGGGGCCGAACAAUUUGGAUUUGGAGAAACAAUGUGCUCCGUAUCACGAUGAUCUGGAUCUUGGAAUGAGCCUGAGCCCGGCUUCUCCCGAAGCCAAUUACACGGCCAAAGUUGUUGCUUCGAACAGCCUCGGGAAUUCUUCUUCCCUCCCCUUGGUGUUCUCCUUCGUGGACAUAGUGAAGCCUCUUCCUCCAAGUGACAUCAGAGCUGACUUUCCCAAUUUGUUGGCCAACUUCUGUACCUUACAGUGGCAGGACCGAGGACCGGUGGUGCUGAAUCGCCUCCAGUUUCGGCCAGUCCAUGAAAACGCCUGGAAAACGGUUCACGUCGCUAAUUCUGGAGGAAGAUAUGAUCUGUACAACCUGAUACCAUUUACAGAGUAUGAAUUUCAGAUUUCCUCCAAACUGCAUUCUGUCAAAGGAAGAUGGAGUGACUGGAGCAAAUCACUGAGGACUCAGACUCCGAGAGAAGAGCCAGUGGGAACGUUGGAUGUGUGGUACACAGUGGACGACCUGGAAGGUGGCCUACAAAAUGUUUCUCUGUUUUGGAAGAAUAUGAGUAUGUCGGAAGCCAGGGGAAUCAUCCUCGGGUACCAGGUGACCAUCCAGGAGGUGCCCGGGGACAGCUUGGCCGUGCCCCAUACCCUGGAGAACUUGACCUCGCACACUCACUUUGCCGUGGUUCUGCCCCAGAACGACUAUGUCGUAGCUGUUUCCGCAGUGAACUCGGAAGGAAGCUCCUCCCCCUCUCGGACCUUCAUCCCCCGUCAGCCCCGCAAAGCUCCUCAAAACAUCUUGGCUAAACCUCAGGGGACAGACGGUAUCGGGGUAACUUGGGAGCCUCCCCAUGAAGCUGCUAUGUUGGUCAAGGAGUAUUUGGUGGAGUGGAGAGCCCUCGGCACGGGCAGCAGCCCAUCCUCGCCUGUCAACUGGCGCCGACUUCCCACCGUCAACAUGUCGGCCGUGAUAUCAGAACACGUAAAACCCCACGUGUGUUACCAGAUCCGCCUGUGCGCCCUGUGGGGGGACGGAGCCGGCUGCGCCAGGACCUGGGCUGAUCUGACCAGCAAAGAACCCCUAACCGGCCCCCGUGUCCAAAAUGCCACAGCGGGGAAAGGCACAGCGACCGUUACCUGGGACGAAAUCCCUGCUCAGGACCAAAUGGGCUGCCUCCUUCAUUACAAGAUCUACCUGAAGGAGCUGCGCUCCCAGUCUCCAUCUCACAUCUUUGAAAUUCCCUAUGAGGUGGGAAACACCACGAGGCUGAUCAGAGGCCUCCGGCCUGGAGUCACUUACGUCUUGUGGAUGACGGCCUCCACAGCAGCCGGAGAGGGCCCCCGAGGGAAUGAGAGGGAGCUUUCCCUGGAAGAUACUCCCGAAUGGAACAUUUUGGUGGUGCCGAUUGCCGUGGCCCUCGUCGCGGUAGGGAUUUUCUCCAUGCCUCGAGUUCGAGCAAAAGUGAAGUCUGUCUUCUGGGCCCUACAACCCCAGUGGUAUAAUCAAGAGAUUCCAGACCCGGCAAACAGCAUGUGGGCCAAGAAAUACUCCAUCAUAGAGGAUGAAAUGCAGCUCCAUUUUCAAAGUCUCUCAAACAACUGCACCAAUUCUGAAGAACCCGAAACUCUCGAAAUCAAUGAAGUUCUCCCCAAAUCAGCCCCAACCCUCCAGGAGACACAUCCCUCUUGUUGGCCAAGAGACCACAACCUCCAUGAGCCAGGCAGAGAAAGCUGGCUUCAGGUCCCAAAACCCUUCGAAGUUGGGGCAGAAUAUGGCGUCUCCCACCCCUCAACGCCAGCAUCACACCGGCCUGAGAAAGGACAAGUGACUGAUCCGUACAGGGCCAUGGGGUCUGGAGGGCCAAAGGCAGAAGACCCAGGCAGCCACCUUAGGGCCAUCCCAGUGGACUACCUGCCUGCCCACAUAGAUUACUUACCUUCUAACUUGGAUUACCUGCCUUCCACUGCUGCUGGUCCUCCAGAAGACAGUGAGCUGCAGGGCCUGUCCUUCUCCAUCUUCCCAAAGGGCUCUUUUCACCCACUCAUCUGUGGAGAGAAGCUGACUCUGGACAGAGUUAAGAUUGACCCUGGGCCCAUCACUCACUAACUGGCCAUGUGCUACAGGCCCUUCUUGGAUGCCGCCAUCAUACUUUCCAUCUCGUGGCCUGGUUAGCUUGCACAGAGCGGCAGGAGGGUUGUCCAGCACCCAACCAAAGCAAGGGGCUUUCCCCUCCUGGGCAACACCCAGCCAACUCAUGGAACCAAGGAUGACUCGUGUUUCACCUUCAGAGUUUGCAUCCCAUACUAAUUUUAUUACUAGAAUGUAAGCCUCUUGAGGGCAGGGACUAGACCAUUGUUCAUUUUUGUACCCACAGCAUUCUAGGGGUUUAAUCAAAGCUUUUUCUGAUUUGCCUUCUUCCUCAAAAAGCUUUAGGAAGAACAAUUAAAUCUGCUUGGUUGCCCAUCCAUUAGGUGAUUAAAAAAGUCUAUUUUAAACUAUUUCCUAUAAACUACUUUAUAGGAAUGUAAUGAAAUAAUACGCACUGAGCAAUGAGGAAUUCAGAGAAAUGGGGGAAGAUUUAUAGGAAUUGCUGCAGAAUGAAGGGAGUGGAAACAUACCUCAUUACCAUUAUACCGAAGAUGAGAAAGAUGGACAAGAAGCGGAAUUCUGAGCCAAGGGAAAAAACACCGAGAAGUCCUGGAGAAGAGAUGACAAAACCUAUCCCCUCCCUCAGAGCUGAGAGGUGGAGGCCUACAGGGACACAGUACUGUGUUUUCUAAGAAGCCGGCUUUCUUUGUUACAAGGGGGAAGGAAGACAAUCUGGAGUAGGGCAACAAGAAAGAAUGUAAGGGUAAGAUUUUGGGGCAUGAGGAGAUGGGAUUAAAAAUGCUGGAUAAUUUUUAAAAUAAAAAAUAUUACCCACAUUCAUUUGGUGAAAAUCUUAGGGGUUUUAAAAUGUGUUUGUCCAUUGACUCACCCCCAAAUCUGGUAUUCUGACAACGCUUCUUCCCCAGAAAGUCCGAAUGGAGCGGAAAACCCUGCAGUGUUUUCCAGGAUUUGUCUAAGCCAGCCGAUGCCACACCUGUUGCCCUGCCAAGA